GGUGAUAUGGUCGCUGUUAAGCUUGAACCUGUUGUCGAUAGGACAUCUUCUAUUCAGAAUGAAUAUCAUACUUUGAAACACCUCAAAGGUGGAGUUGGAAUUCCCUAUGCCAUUUGGUUCGGUAGAGAGUCGACAUACCAUGCUUUAGUUCUCGACCUCCUUAGGCCAUCACUACACGCUCUU